AUAAAGACUAAAGAUACAUUGAAGAAUCAUCAAGUAAUGAAGGACGUUUCAGAACUUCAAUCCCCAAAUUCAAAUAGUCAUCAUACUGAUGAAACAUGUGAACACAGUAAGGAUGCUCCAUCAGCGCAAACGCCUCAUCAUUUAUUUGAAGGAACAAUGAACGAAGAUACAUCGGAUUCUACACCAUCUGGUUCAAUAUCUCCAGAUACACGAGAAACCAUGAAUACACUUAUUGCUGAUCUAGGAAGUCUGCCUAUUCAUGCAAAUCAACAGAAGUUAACCGAAAAUCAAAGUUUGCUUUCGGACAGUCAAUUACCAAUUGAUAUUUCAAUCACAAAUAUUGUUGUCCGAAGCGAAAUAAAUACUCCUCAUGCACGUAUCCGGAUGCCUUCGAGAAACUGCAAAUCUCCUUAUUUAACUUCAUUUGGGUCAACUGAAAAAGGAAAAGCGGUCAUGACUGAUGUAAUUCGUCCAAAUUUUCCAUUUCAAGGAUGUGAGAUCACAAACCAAGCCCCUUCAUAUCUGAUUGAUGAGUUUAUUGAGUGGGUUACUACAGGGCUUCUUAAAGCUCAUUCAAAAAAGAAACCAUCAGAAGAUAAAUACAAAUCAAGAGCAUCUUCAUUGGGUUUUGAAAUGAUGGAUUAUGUCGUUGCAUUUCCGACAAAUAAGAAUUGGUUUUAUGCCAUGUCUCAGCCUAAAAACUGUUGGACUGAUCAGCACAUCGAUGUUAUUUUUUACUACAUUCGUAAAAAUUCAAAACUUCGAAGCAUGAAUCAGUAUAGAUACACAACAGUCAAUGGUUUGUUCAGCACACAUAUCAACAAUAUCCAUGAUAGGUAUUAUAACAAUGAGGCUGAUGAUGAUAUUAGUACCCAAGAACACCUUGAUCGUGCAAGAGCUGUAUCAGUACAUGAGAGGUAAGUAAUCAACGUCAUGAAAGGUUUUUCAAUACCAGCUGGAUUACCAUGGCAUCUGGUGGACGAUGUUUAUAUUUCGAUUAAUUAUGAUGGAAAUUUUCAUUGGGUAUUAGCUGUGGUUGAAUUGAAUAAGAGGUUGAUACGCGUGUAUGACUCUUCUUUGGGCACAAGGAAACGUGUAUAUUCUGAGGAGAUAAAAAAUUUGUCAAGGAUGCUACCUUCUUACCUCAUUGACAGUGGUUUCUUUGAAAACACUGAGUGGACAAACUGGUCAGUUCUUGAUGCAUACAAGGACAAACAAACGGGUGUACCUUUAGAGUCACAUAUUCCUUUCAACAUUGAAUACGCUGAAGGUAUCAUGCAACAAGAAGACGAUAGCCUGGACUGCGGGUUAUACGUAGCUACAUUUGCAGAGUUUUUG